GACCAAAGUUUGAAAGAGAGUUGGGGGAAUCAGGAAAGUUUCAGGGUGCCGGUUUUGAAACUAGGUAAAAAAAAUGAAGCAGGAAUGAAGCCCAAAGUCUCUCGGAUCAGUUUCCCCCAAAUACCUAAUUAUUUCAAGUCCAGGUUUCUUAUAUUUUUAUCCUUUUUUAAGGGGCAACAAACACAGCCACGCUGCAGAGCCGAGAAGCCCUUCUACAGCAGCGUGGCGCAUGGAACAGGCAACCAAUCAUCACUCAGCGUCUCUCUAUAUAAACGCUCAGCCGCCGGCGCAGAGGACACGCUGUUCUGACAGUUCCAGGUUACUUUUAGCUUUUCUGGUGAAACAGAAACAUGUCGGAAACUGCUCCAGUUGCUCCUGCGGCCCCCACACCUGCGGAAAAGACACCUGUGAAGAAGAAGGUGAAGAAAGCGGGCGCAAGUGGUGCGAAGCGCAAGGCGGCUGGGCCUCCGGUGUCUGAGCUUAUCACUAAGGCUGUGGCCGCUUCCAAGGAGCGCAGCGGUGUUUCUCUGGUCGCUCUCAAGAAGGCGCUUGCAGCUGUGGGCUACGAUGUGGAGAAAAACAACAGCCGUAUCAAGUUGGGUCUCAAGAGCUUGGUGAGCAAGGGAACUCUGCUGCAGACCAAGGGCACUGGGGCUUCAGGGUCUUUCAAACUAAAUAAGGCGGCUUCAGGGGAAGCCAAACCCAAGGCUAAGAAGGCAGGCGCGACCAAGCCCAAGAAGCCCGCUGGGGCUGCCAAGAAGCCUAAAAAGGCGACUAGCUCUGCCACCCCCAAAAAGAGCGCCAAGAAAACCCCGAAGAAAGCCAAGAAACCGGCAGCAGCUGCUGGGGCCAAGAAAGUGGCUAAGAGUGCGAAGAAAGUUAAGGCGGCCAAACCGAAGAAGGCUGCCAAGAGUCCAGCUAAGGCCAAGGCUCCUAAACCCAAGGCAGCCAAGCCUAAGUCUGCUAAGCCUAAAGUUACCAAGGCUAAGAAGACGGCCGCUAAGAAGAAGUGAAACUGGCGGCAUGUUCUACUUUAAAAUUUCAAAGGCUCUUUUCAGAGCCACCCACGAUCUCAGUCAAAAGAGCUGAACCGAUGAUUUCUUUUUAAAUUCCCGGUUAGAUGUGAUUGGCCACCUUAUUUUAAACCACGCUGGGAGCGUGCACACACAGCUUUUAGGUACAACAAGCUACAAUUCUUAGGGGUUUGGCUUUGAAAAGAUUUUGCUGGUAGUGUGCAGAGGUGGUGGCCUAAAAAAAUGUUAGGAUGGGAGGCUUGGCCCUGGUGUAGAACCGCUGUUGGCUCAGUGGUCUUAAGCGGCUCGGAGCUUUGUUGAGCUGGUUACCGGAGACCAGCUGUA